AUGAUUUUGCAGGAGCCUUCUGGGGUCUCAUUGUCGGGGUCAUUGAAUGAUCCGCUUCAUCAUGGAGUUCGCCUUUGUUGUCCCGUGUGUGGAAGCGAGGACCAGGAUAAGAGGCCUGAGUGGAUCAAGAUCAUCGUGGGCAACGUCCAUUAUCUACACUUUGGUUGUAUCCUCUUCCUCAUCGUCCUUGUGAUCACCAUCGUCGUCUCUUACCUUACUGAACCCAUACCCAAGAAAUGUAUACAACGCCUGACAUACUGGACCCGUCACAGCCAGGAGGUGCGUGUGUCUGUGAGAGAGUGGAGGAACGAGACCCAACCAAAAGACGACAAAGUCGAACUUCAGUUUCAAUCCAAUGAAAAUAGUAUCCACAAGUCAGGAUCUACUGCGAGCACUACACAAGAAGUACCUGCAUGGAGGCGCUGUAUCAACUGUGUGUGCGGGGUAGAUACACAGAAGGUCACCGCCCCACAGGAGGACCCAGCAACCCAGGAAACACCAGAAGAAAAAGCCAAGAGAGCGGCAGAGUUCUUAGAGAAAAAAACCUGGACGAAUGUUGUUGAUGGAUUAGCGAUCCUCAUCAUGACUAUUGCAGGCUUUGUCUGGGGCUUCUACGCAUAGACUGAAUUGAACAGUGGCAUAUUGUGUGUUUUAUUCUUAUAACAGGUGAUGAUCUGCAUAUACAUAUACCUGUAUAUAUACUGUAUAUAUAUAUAUUGGAUGUCAUAACCAGCUGGAGUUAUUCAACAUUCAGUGAUAACACAAAAUGGGUGGUGUUGGUUGUGAACAUCUACGGAACGCGGGCAGUCCUUUGUCACCUGAGGUUAAGUGAGAAUCCACAAGAGUCCACGUCAACUUGAUGUUUGGAUAGAUCAAGAUCAUCAUAGUUUACAUUAAAGUUGGUGGCAUCAAAAUACUUUGCACAGAUGUUCAGGUUCAUUGCAAAAUCUGAAAAGUUUAAAUUAUUCAAAACAUGUUCCAUCAACGUCUGGUCUUCGUACAUUUCAUGUCGACUUUUAGUAAAAAAAAUCCUGGAUAUUUUGUAUAUAAGUUUUAUAUACAACUUGUUGCUAUUACAUAUACUUUAUUGGUAUAAAAUAUAUACAAAUUGUACUACAAAAUGUGAACAAAAUUCUAUGUUGGGCAAUAGAGGGGUGUAAGUUUUCACUGUACGAGGAAAAGAAGUUUUUGGAAAUAGCAAUACUGUAUACACAAUUUACAAAACACAUUUAAGUCCUGUAGUUUAAAUUUCAUCAUAAAUUGCAUUUUAUAAGGUGUUUUACUUUCAAUUAGUCGGAUUAUUAGGAGUUAUGAUUUUUAUUUUUUUUUGCUUGCACAAAGACAUUACUGUUGCCUUUAGAAUAGAUGCAUGCGCUAUUUGCUUUGAUUAAUAAUAUAUUUAACAUACUUGACUUACUAAUUAAAAAAGAAAAUAGAGAGAGGUGAUAGAAAUACAAUUCAUAACAUUAACAGGCAAGAGGUGUUUUUGAUCUUCACUAUAAUCAAUUUGUGCCUCCUGUAUAUUCAGUAGCACAAAUACACUGUAUACUGUACAGCACUGUCUUUGUUCAUCCCGGGCCUCUGUAAUGUAUGGCUCAUCUACAGCUGUAUUGUUUAUUACUCUUUAAUUAUGCUGUAGUUCUUCACAUUACUUAAGUAAACAAUAUGGACGAAUCAAAACGUAUCUCAGGUUUUGCUACUGGAUUGUUUAGAUGAUUUUUAGUACCUUCUACUCAUGUAUUGUGUAUGUCUUCUGAGUACAAUAAGUUUAUAGAAAAAUAAGAAAAUAUAAAAGUAAA